UCACACCCGCGCGCCAGCCUGAUGUGUGAACACGGGCACACACCGAGCCGAGAUCAGAGAGAGGAGCAGCAGGAGUAGGGAUGAACACACGCCUGCACUCUUCCGCCCGCCUCAGCACUGUGGACCGGUAAAUGCUCUCAGGCCAACCGUUAACCACCAUGCUCUAUUUUCAGCUGGUGAUCAUGGCGGGGACGGUCAUGCUGGCCUACUACUUCGAGUACACGGACACGUUCAACGUGCACGUGCAGGGCUUUUUUUGCUACGACAACGCGUACACGAAGCCGUACCUGGGACCGGAGGAGGCGAGCGCCAUCCCGCCCGCGCUGCUGUACGCCGUGGUGGCCGGUGUGCCCACACUCGUGAUAACAGUGACAGAAGCUGUGCUGUUCCUGAUGCAAUAUACAUCAAAAGAUCUGGAUAGUCGAAAGAAGACCAUUGCGACUGGGGACUGUUGUUACCUCAACCCGCUGGUGCGCAGGAUUUGCCGCUUUUUGGGUGUAUACUUGUUUGGCCUCUUCACUACUGACAUCUUUGUGAACGCGGGUCAGGUUGUGACAGGAAACCUGGCCCCUCAUUUCCUGACUGUGUGCAAACCCAAUUACACAGCUCUAGGCUGCCAGCAGGCCCUACGCUACAUCAGCCACCAGGAGGCCUGCACCGGCAAUGAGGACGACAUCCUGCGUGCCCGCAAAACCUUUCCCUCCAAAGAGGCAGCACUCAGCGUUUACGCUGCCCUCUAUCUUGCUAUGUACAUCACAUGCUCAGUGAAAGCCAAGGGCACUAGGUUGGCCAAGCCGGUCAUGUCUCUGGGGCUGAUGUGUCUGGCCUUCCUGACAGGUAUUAACAGGGUGGCAGAGUACCGAAACCACUGGUCUGAUGUAAUCGCUGGCUUCAUCAUCGGUGUGGCCAUUGCCACCUUUCUGGUUGUCUGUGUGGUCCAUAAUUUCAAAGGAAGCCAACUGUUAGAUGAAGACCCCCAACAGGAGGAUACGAUGGGCUCACCCAAGGUGGAGAGUCCUUUGGAAAAAUACAUCGCUUCCCAGAAUCACAUCGCCUUCGAUGAAGUCACAUGACCUUGAGUCAGCAGAGUGGCAGACGCAUUGGACAUCCACGCUCUUUACUGUGCAGUCGUCAUAGUCAUGGUGCAACACUACCCAUGUCAGUCGUAUACUCUAUGGUGGUGUUUUGGAUCACACAAACACACACACACACACACACACACACACACACACACAUACACCCCUCCUUCCCCCAACAGCAUAUCUGUGUCCUGGUGUUUGCACCAGCUACCCCACGACCACAACCAUUCCUCUUUUUUUAUGUUUCUUGAUCCUGAGCCAUGACAACUGGAACUUCGAUCAACCCAGGAUUCACUGUGUGUACAGUAGCUGGAUGGACGGCAUCUG